AUGGAGAGUGGUUCCAACAGCACUUCUUGUCCAAUGGCUUUUGCCGGGGAUAAUAGUGAUGGAGGGCUCAACCCUUGCUCUUCUUCCUCUUCUCCAGCCUCUGUCAAGGCAAAGAUCAUGGCUCAUCCUCACUACCACCGCCUCUUGGCUGCUUAUGUCAAUUGUCAGAAGGUCGGAGCACCACCGGAAGUGGCGGCGAGGCUAGAGGAGGCCUACUCGUCUGCGGCGGCGGCUGCAGCUUCGAUGGGACCCACAGGGUGUUUAGGUGAAGAUCCAGGGCUUGAUCAAUUCAUGGAAGCAUACUGUGAAAUGCUCGUUAAGUAUGAGCAAGAGCUCUCUAAACCCUACAAGGAAGCUAUGGUCUUUCUUCAACGCGUCGAGUGUUAUGGAGAGACGGCCAUUGAUAGGAACAACAAUGGGUCAUCUGAGGAAGAAGUCGAUAUGAACAACGAAUUUAUAGAUCCGCAGGCUGAGGAUAGGGAGCUUAAAGGACAGCUCUUGCGCAAGUACAGUGGUUACUUAGGUAGCCUCAAGCAAGAGUUUAUGAAGAAGAGAAAGAAAGGAAAGCUCCCUAAAGAAGCUCGCCAACAACUGCUUGAUUGGUGGAGCCGACACUACAAAUGGCCUUACCCUUCGGAGCAACAGAAGCUGGCGCUGGCGGAAUCAACCGGGCUGGACCAGAAACAGAUAAACAAUUGGUUCAUAAACCAGAGGAAAAGGCAUUGGAAGCCAUCAGAGGAUAUGCAGUUUGUGGUAAUGGACGCAACACAUCCUCACCAUUACUUCAUGGACAAUGUCUUGGGCAAUCCUUUCCCCAUUGAUCACAUCUCCUCCAGCAUGCUUUGA